AUGAAGAAAGCUUUCGGUAAACUUCUAUUGAAGAUCUCCAAAUACAACGACAAUGGUCCACAGCCACCAACAUCGAAACCCGUGCCGAUAACACCCCAAGAUCCAUCAUCGAUUGGUCUGAAAAUGAUCCACGAUUCUCUCGAUGCAACUGUUGACAUCAUAGCCAUUCACGGUCAGAAUGGUCAUCCCAUCAAUUCCUGGACAAACGGAGAUAAUGGAGUACUUUGGUUGCGCGAUCUUUUGCCUGAGAUGUUGGAAACAUAUCCAGGUGUGAAGAUUCGAGUACUCAGUUAUGGAUAUGCACGUCGAGCUCCCGUCGAAGGCAUCGGUGCUGGAUUAAUGGAGAGCAUUAGAGAGUUAAGAACUGAGACAAACAGUGAAGGAAGGAAAAUAAUUUGGUGUGCGCACAGUUUUGGGGGUCCCUUAUUACAGGCUGCAAUAUCCAUCGCUCCGCCUUUCAGUGAUAUCCAAGUUUCAACCCACGCUUUUUUGUUCUUCGGGGUAGCCAAAAACAUGGGAUUGGAAAAUCUGAGCAUGGUACUUGCGUUGCCAGAAGCCACAUUGAGUAGCGAGAUGCAGGAAUUGAGGAAAGAGAUGAUUUGGCUGAAAAUGGGGAGUGAGAGAUUUGAUCCAGUGUGUGAGCAUUUAGGUUGGAAUAUUGUGUGUUUUAGAGAGGUGGGAAGCGAGGAAGAGAAGGUCAGGCAUUCAGAUGGGGUGGGUGGGAAAGAGGAGAAGAGUGAAGAUGGGGAGGGCAAGCUUGAAGUCGUGGUCAGAUUGGGGAAGACGCAUGGCGCUAUGGUUAGGUUGGCUGAUACUGAGGAUGAGGAUUUCAUAGUGGUGGUAGAGAAGACUAGGAAUAUAGUGGAGGGAAUCACAAAAGGUAAAAACACAGUCGGGAGCUAA